CGGCUGAAAGGCGGCGCGGUGCUCGGAUCUUCUUGGAGCCUUCUGCGUUCCUCCUCAGAAGCCCCGAGGCAAACCGCGGUCGUUUUAACGAGGAUGCCAGCCCCCAUCAGACUGCGGGAGCUGAUCCGGACCAUCCGGACAGCAAGAACCCAGGCAGAAGAGCGUGAAAUGAUUCAGAAGGAAUGUGCUGCUAUCCGGUCAUCCUUCCGAGAGGAAGAUAACACAUACAGAUGCAGAAAUGUGGCAAAGCUGCUGUAUAUGCACAUGCUGGGAUACCCUGCACAUUUUGGACAGUUGGAGUGCCUCAAGCUCAUCGCCUCUCAGAAAUUCACAGACAAGCGCAUUGGGUAUUUAGGUGCCAUGUUGCUGCUGGAUGAGAGACAGGAUGUCCAUCUUCUUAUGACCAAUUGCAUCAAGAAUGACCUUAACCACAGCACGCAAUAUGUGCAGGGGCUGGCACUCUGCACUCUUGGCUGCAUGGGCUCUUCAGAAAUGUGCAGAGACCUUGCAGGAGAGGUUGAAAAGCUCCUCAAAACAUCCAACUCCUAUCUUAGGAAGAAGGCAGCACUGUGUGCUGUUCACGUUAUUAGAAAGGUGCCUGAACUUAUGGAGAUGUUCCUGCCAGCCACCAAAAACUUGCUGAAUGAAAAGAACCAUGGUGUUCUACACACAUCAGUAGUCCUCCUCACGGAGAUGUGUGAGAGAAGCCCAGACAUGCUUGCACACUUUAGAAAGAACGAAAAGCUUGUUCCCCAACUAGUUCGUAUUCUGAAGAACCUUAUCAUGUCUGGAUAUUCACCAGAGCACGAUGUGUCUGGGAUCAGUGACCCCUUUUUGCAGGUGCGAAUCCUGCGGUUACUAAGGAUUCUAGGGCGGAAUGAUGAUGAUUCUAGUGAAGCAAUGAAUGACAUACUUGCACAGGUUGCUACUAAUACAGAAACAAGUAAAAAUGUGGGAAAUGCCAUUCUCUAUGAAACUGUGCUGACUAUUAUGGACAUAAAAUCUGAAAGUGGACUGAGAGUGUUAGCCAUUAACAUCCUAGGCCGUUUCUUAUUAAACAAUGACAAAAAUAUUAGAUAUGUGGCUUUGACAUCACUGUUGAAAACUGUGCAGACAGACCAUAAUGCAGUACAGAGACAUAGAAGCACAAUUGUGGACUGCCUGAAAGAUCUGGAUGUCUCCAUUAAAAGGCGUGCAAUGGAACUGAGUUUUGCUCUUGUUAAUGGGAACAAUGUUCGCGGAAUGAUGAAGGAGUUGCUGUAUUUCCUAGAUUCAUGUGAGCCGGAGUUCAAGGCAGACUGUGCAUCUGGAAUAUUCCUUGCAGCAGAAAAAUACGCUCCUUCCAAACGCUGGCACAUAGACACAAUCAUGAGAGUCUUAACAACGGCAGGAAGUUAUGUUCGUGAUGAUGCUGUUCCCAACCUGAUCCAGCUGAUAACUAAUAGUGUGGAGAUGCAUGCCUACACUGUGCAGAGACUCUACAAAGCCAUCCUUGGUGAUUACUCUCAGCAGCCACUGGUUCAAGUGGCCUCCUGGUGCAUAGGAGAGUAUGGAGAUCUUCUGGUGUCUGGUCAGUGUGAAGAAGAGGAGCCAAUACAGGUAACAGAGGAUGAAGUUCUUGAUAUUUUAGAAAGUGUUCUGAUAUCUAAUAUGUCUGCAUCUGUUACACGAGGCUACGCUCUCACUGCCAUCAUGAAGCUUUCCACAAGGUUCACCUGCACUGUCAAUCGCAUUAAGAAGGUAGUUUCCAUUUACGGCAGUAGCAUUGAUGUGGAGCUGCAACAGAGGGCAGUGGAAUAUAAUGCACUAUUCAAGAAAUAUGAUCACAUGAGGCCAGCCCUGCUUGAGAGAAUGCCGGUAAUGGAGAAAGUCACCACCAAUGGCCCUACUGAGAUUGUACAGACCAAUGGAGAGACAGAGACAGCGGUACUGGAAACCAAACCUCCACACUCUGGAUUGCAGCCUGGUAGCCAGGCAAAUGAUUUGUUGGACUUGUUGGGGGGGAAUGAUAUAACACCUGUAAUCCCCACUGCGCCUACAAGCAAGCCAGCCUCUGCUGGUGGGGAGCUCCUUGACCUACUGGGAGACCUCAACCUAACAGGUUCCCCAGUAUCUGCCCCUGCACCCCAGAUAUCACAGCCUCCAUUCCUGCUUGAUGGAUUGUCAUCACAGCCUCUCUUCAAUGAUAUUGCUGCAGGAAUCCCUUCAAUUACUGCAUACAACAAGAAUGGGCUGAAGAUUGACUUCAGUUUUGAGAGGUCAAACACGAACCCCAGUGUCACUGUAAUCACAAUACAGGCCUCCAACAGCACAGAGCUGGAUAUGACAGAUUUUGUUUUCCAAGCUGCAGUACCAAAGGUAGAACUGCUUAGGGCAACUACGGUGAUGGGUAGAGGGCCAGCUGCAAGUACUUCCUGAUUGGUACUUUGAUGUAGACAAACGCAUGCAGCGUGGGUGAGCUGUUAACAGGUUCUCAUCGUGCUCAGUUUAGCCAUAAAUGGAAUGGAGGAUGGGAUAAAAUGAUCUGCUCUGAUAAAAAUUUUAUUUUAAAAUGACCAUUUUCUAGAAAGAUUGCUAAACUAUGCCCAGGAAGAUGUUGGGUUAAAA